UACCUGUAUUAUUCUACCAUUUUCCUAACCUAACGUAGGCAAAGUUUGCGUGUCAACCAAAUUUGUUUUGGUUUUGUGUUUUCUUUUUCUUAAAUAAUUAUUUUUUGCUGGUCAAAAAAAUUCAGAAUGCCUCAAACAUUGGACAAAAAAGAUGAUUUUGAUGUGGUGAAAUAUUUCCUUAAACUUUUGGACGAUGACAAGGAUUUGUCUUCCGGCAUAGCUGCUAUCAAGACAUUAUUGAUGAUUUUGGAAAAGAAGCAAUUUGGAACUAUUCACAUUUUGCAAAAUACCAUGUUGGAAGCUGUGGCCGCUAUGCGCAAUACCGAUUUGUCAAUUGCAGCAGUUGUGUCCGGCGGUGAAUUGUUUUGUCGCUUUAUCACUUUGAGUUUGGAUGAUCGCGGCAUGGAAGAAUGUCGUGAAAUUAUGUUGCAUCGUGGGAAAAUAUUUUUAGCCAAACUUUUAAAUUCUCGUAACGUUAUUGCUCAACAAGCUCAAAGAUUUAUAACUGAUGGCUGUCGUGUAUUGACACAUUCAAGAUCUCGCGUUGUCUUGAAGGCUUUGGUAACGGCUGCCAAAGCUAACAAGCAAUUUCAUGUUUUUGUUACCCAGGGAGGUCCAGACAAUUCAGGGGAACAAAUGAUAGCGGAUUUGGAACGCGCUGGCAUAGAUUGUACCCUAAUUUUAGACUCAGCCACCGGUUAUGUUAUGGAAUCAGUUGACUUUGUAAUGGUGGGUGCCGAAGCAGUGGUAGAGUCGGGUGGUAUCAUUAAUCGCAUUGGUAGCUUUACCAUGGGCCUUUGUGCCCAAGAAAUGAAGAAACCAUUCUAUGUGCUAGCGGAAAGUUUCAAGUUCACUAGAUUAUAUCCACUAAAUCAAAGAGAUUUGCCAGAUGAAUAUAAGUAUUCUCGCAAACAUUUGAGCGAUGUUUCAAAGGUCCAUCCCCUGGUUGACUAUACGCCUCCAGCAUAUAUCACAUUGCUCUUUACCGAUUUGGGCAUUUUGACACCAUCUGCUGUAAGUGAUGAGUUAAUAAAACUGUAUAUGUAAGCUUAGUCCCGCCUUUAUUACAUUUUAUAAAAUAAAAAAAGUUGAUCUACAAAUAAA